AUGAAGUCCAUGUUUCUGCUGUGCCAGGAUCGGCUCAUGAUACUACCGUAUUUCGCACUACGACGUCAUCAGACUGACCGAGGAGAGCGACGCUACAUACUGUAUGCCGCGUACGACACUGGAGAAGAACUCUUCUUAGGAACAUGCGACAGUAGAGGAGUUGGUGGAGUUGGUGUCUUCGUCAACAGGAAUAUGGCAGUAAGCAUCGACUCUUUCGAAAAACUUACGAUGAGAAAAUGUGGUUCAACACCAAUGUGGUUCGCUCCAACAUCAAGCUACGGAGAAGAAGAAUGCGAAGCUUUCUAUAUGGAUCUGGAGCAGUUCUACACAGAAGGGCUUACCUUCUACAAGAACCAUCAUCGACUGAGAGCUUCGUUUCGCUUGUCGGCUUCUGGGAAGAUACCGUCAAAGACAACAUCGACGACGAUGUUGACUUGUAAAACAUCUUCACGACUGUACGAGAGUGGAGCUGCACGUGCUGCAGGCAACCAAGAACCCGCGUCCGAGCUCGCAAGGCUUUGCGGAGAGGCGAUAAAGGAAGGCCUCAAAGAGAGAAGAGCAGAAGUGUUGGCUGGAGUUGCAGAGGCGGAGCAGAGCAUUCACUACGCCCAUCGGAGCAUCGCCAAUCGUAAAACAACUACUUCACCCGGUCUCGACAAAAUCAAGCCUAAACAUCUGAAGUACCCUCCGCCAGUCCCCAUCAACACACUGGCGAGGCUCUACACUCGUUAUCUGUUGGAAUGCAAGACAUCGGCAACUAUCGUCCAAUCUGCUUACUGCCUGUACAAGCUCUUCACAAGAAUAAUCCCAAACAGGAUAGAAAGAGCAUUAGAUGAGGAACAGCCAUGCGAGCAAGCAGGGUUUCAAAAAGGAUUAAUGCCACUCUUGAGAACGCGAGGAUUGGAAUGGGAUGACAUGGGAGUGAAAUUUGACGGCCGGCAUUUACACCAUCUUCGUUUCGCUGAUGACAUCGCUUUUAUAACAUCAGACAUGAAUCAGGCGGAACGAAUGCUGGCCGAAUUUGAUGAAAUGUGUAAAAAGAUCGGGCUUCAGCUGAACCUAGGCAAGACGAUGUCGGGAAAUCAACAUGAUGAACGACCUGAUCUCCGAGCUGAGGAGGAAACAAGCGGCUUGGGCACUCAAGAGCAUCGAGAAUGUAGUGAAGAGGAGCAAGAACAUCCGGCUCCAUCCGGCAUAGAUGAUUCUUGCUUUUCUGCGAUCAUUAAUGCUGAGUGUCAAGUGGACAAAAGUGAGCAUUUCCGAUGCUACUUUUUACAUUUACUUAUUUGA